AUGAUGCGCCCACGCCCCUCGGUCUGUUCCUGCUGCCUGGCUCGCAGUAGGCUAUUCUCCACUACAGCAAAGCGUACCGAAAAGAGCCAAAAUCCCUCCUUCCCACCAACGGCAGGGUAUAGCCGACUCACAAACCGCGGACUGAUCUCUAUCACCGGCACCGAUAGCACAACCUUCCUCCAAGGCCUGAUGACCCAGAACAUGCUAGUGACCAACGACCCGAACCGAAGCUCUCGACGUACAGGCGCAUACACCGCAUUCCUCAAUUCGCAAGGUCGAGUCCUGAACGAUGCCUUCAUUUACCCGCUCCCCGGCGCAGAGGCCCAGGGUGCCGAGCCAGGCUGGCUAGUGGAGGUAGACAAGGACCAGGUCCCGGUUCUACUUAAGCACCUUAAAAAACACAAGCUGCGCGCGAAGCUCAAGCUCCGUGCUCUGGAGGACGGCGAGCGCACAAUCUGGUCAUCCUGGAAGAACCACGCGGAGCCGCAACGAUGGGCUGCAUACGGUCUAGAGUCCCAAUCGCUGUCUCCCUUCUCACCCACCUCCGAUAUUGCCGGGUGCAUUGACACGCGUGCUCCGGGCUUCGGAUCCCGCAUUAUCACGCCCGGGUCGGAUGGUCUGUGCACCUACUUCCCGGAUGAGGCGCAGGUCGCUGGGCCCGAGGUCCCGCUGGACUCAUACACCGUCCGUCGCAUUCUGCACGGUGUUGCGGAGGGACAGGCAGAGGUAAUCAGUGGAUCGGCUUUGCCUUUGCAGUGUAACAUGGAUAUGGCUCGUGGUGUCGAUUUCCGCAAGGGCUGUUAUGUCGGCCAAGAAUUGACCAUUCGCACUCACCACCGCGGAGUUACGCGGAAGCGUCUUUUGCCCAUUCAGCUAUAUGAUUUGGGUCAGGAUGGGGGAAGUGCCCCAGAUACCCUCACAUAUGAUCCAUCUUUUCAACUGACUUUGCCUUCUGGUGAAGCGGAUAUUGUCAAGGCUGGUGCGGCUACUCGCCGAAACCGCAGCGCGGGGACGUUCCUUCGUGGAAUUGGCAAUAUUGGACUUGCGCUGUGCCGUCUUGAAGUUAUGACCGACAUUGCGCUCAUGGGUGAGGCUCCUGCUCGUCCUCAUGAACAUCAUUUCAAGCUGUCCUGGGCUCCGGAAGUCGAACGGCCUAGUGAGGUCGGAGUACAUGCGUUCGUUCCGCCUUGGCUUAGAGAUUUCAUUUCGGGUGGUAAAGAGGAGAAACCUGAUUCCCGUGCACGAGGAUUUGUCGAGCAAUUAGAGGAAGAGGAAGAGGAAGCGGAAGCACACCGAGACUAA